GAACGGACACUCAGCUCGCGACACCCGAGCUCAGUCUGAGGAGGACGCGCACUAACGGACCGCUAAAAAGAGUUUUAUAUAGACCUAUAACCGUGUUGACUUGCGUUUUGGUGAAGGAAAGGGAAAGUUCGGUGAAUCCCGAGGGAUGGAGUUGCUGCGCGUGCUGUGGAUUCUGGGAUGCGCGUGCAUGCCUUCGGUUCAGGGCUCGCGCCUGAAGACGCCCGCGUUACCGAUCCAGCCCGAGCGCGAACCCGUCAUGUCUAAAGGCUUGUCCGGUUGCUCCUUCGGUGGCCGCUUUUAUUCCCUGGAAGACACGUGGCAUCCAGACCUCGGAGAACCCUUCGGUGUAAUGCACUGCGUCAUGUGUCACUGUGAGCCGCAGAGGAGUCGGAGAGGGAAGGUCUUUGGGAAGGUGAGCUGCAGGAAUAUGAAGCAGGAUUGUCCCGAACCGACCUGUGACGAUCCAGUGCUGACUCCAGGACACUGCUGCAAAACAUGUCCGAAAGGCGACACAUCAAGGAAGGAGGUGGAGUCUUUGUUCGAGUUCUUUCAGGAUAAAGACGACGACCUGCACAAGUCGUACAACGACAGAUCCUACGUCAGCUCUGAAGAGAACAGUCAUCGAGACAGCGCGACCGAUUUCGUGUCUCUGCUGACGAGUGCGUCGGACUCUUGGUUGCCCAGUUCCAGUGGAGUCGCUCGGGCUCGAUUCACUCUCUCCCGCGCCAGCCUGACCUUCUCCAUCACCUUCCAGAGGAUCAACAGGCCGAGUGCAAUCACCUUUUUGGACUUGGACGGAAACACUGCGUUUGAGUUCAGAGUCCCGAGGGCCGACACAGACAUGAUCUGUGGAGUUUGGAAGAAUCUACCGAAGUCUCAGAUUCGACAACUGGAGGCGGAGCAACUGCGUGUUUCCAUGACAACUGCUGACAACAAGAAGGAGGAGCUACGGGGGAAAAUCAUCAAACACAGAGGACUGUUUGCCGAAACGUUCAGUGCGAUCUUGACGUCUGAAGAGGUGCAUUCUGGGAUGGGCGGAAUCGCUAUGUUGACGCUCAGUGACACCGAGAACAAUCUGCAUUUUAUCCUGAUUCAGCAGGGACUCGUUUCUCAAGGGAGCUCCUCCGCACAGAUGCCGGUGAGAGUGAAACUGCUGUACCGACAACAUGUGCUGAGAGAAAUACGAGCAAACAUCUCUACAGACGACUCUGACCUGGCUGAAGUCCUAGCGGAUCUGAACAGUCGGGAACUCUUCUGGUUAUCCCGUGGGCAGCUCCAGAUCGCCAUGGAAACGGAAGGCCAAAAUCCCCGUCAGAUCUCCGGAUACAUUUCUGGGAAGAGAUCAUGUGACAGUGAGUGCAGCCAAUCAGCAUUACCUUUUAUCCAGGUCCCCAACAGCUGUGAGUCGGGCUCCCGCGGGGAGGUGGUGGAGGAGGAAGAGUUCCACGAGCUGGUGUUCGUGCGCGACCCGGCGGAGCUGAAGAAGGACCCGCACACAUGCUUCUUCGAGGGAGAACAUCACGCACACGGGUCUCAGUGGACCCCGCAGUACAACACCUGCUUCACCUGCUCCUGCCAGAAGAAGACGGUGAUCUGUGAUCCGGUGAUCUGCCCUGCGCUCUCGUGUCCACACACUCUCCAGCCUGAAGACCAGUGCUGUCCCGUGUGUGACGAAAAGAAGGAGAUCAAAGAGACAACUGCUGUCGAGAAAAUCGAGGAAGAUCCCGAAGGCUGUUAUUUCGAGGGUGAUCAGAAGAUGCACGCACCCGGAACAACAUGGCAUCCGUUCGUCCCGCCGUUCGGGUACAUCAAGUGUGCCGUGUGCACCUGCAAGGGCUCCACCGGAGAAGUGCACUGCGAGAAGGUGACGUGCCCGCCCCUAACCUGCAGUCGACCAAUCAGAGCCAACCCGUCAGACUGCUGCAAGGCGUGUCCUGCCGAAGACACGCCCCCUCUGGAGGACGACGAGAUGAUGCAGGCGGACGGGACGCGCCACUGCAAGUUCGGCAAAAACUACUACCAGAACAGCGAACACUGGCACCCGAGCGUCCCGCUGGUGGGCGAGAUGAAGUGCAUCACCUGCUGGUGUGACCAUGGCGUGACCAAGUGCCAGAGGAAGCAGUGUCCGCUGCUGAGCUGCCGGAGCCCCGUCCGCCGCGAGGGAGCCUGCUGUCCCGAGUGCAUAGAGGACUUUAUGGGAAAAGAAGAAAUGGCGAAGAUGGUGGAGAAAAAGAAAAGCUGGAGACACUGACCCUUUCCCCAACGCUCGCCGCCCGCCUGUUCUGAGAUCAGGUCGUCUCGAGCUCGCACAACGGGACGCCUGAGGACCGCACGACUAACCCAGCGCACGAAACCGAAGAAGAGCUCCAGACACACCGAAUGUAAGAAGGAAGUUUGAGAGAAAGUGCUUCUGAAGAUACAAGUUAUCAAGGCAAAGCAGGAGAACGGCUCUCAGCCGCUGACGUUUGAGUUUGCCAUCGACGGAUUUUCUCACGGGAAAGUUUUAAUUUUGUUUGCGUAUUUGACUUGGUGCAAAACAUCAGACACUCGUGCCAAGAUUUUACACAUCAUCAUCAUCAUCAUCAUCAUCAUCAUACCUGUAAGCGUGUGCAUGUGAGCACAAUGUAAAAAUACGCUUCUCAACAAAAUGCACCUGCAAUCUUUCAUAAUGCACAUGACUCGAAUCCCAGCCAAUCAGCAGGACUGUUGCGAUGCAUCUGAUUGGAGAUCUGCCCUGUGGGAGGGGCCUGCCAUGGGGGCAGGGUUUAUAAUGCUAAUCAACAUAAACCCCGCCCACUUCUGUUCCGCUGCACAUGAUGUUAUAAGUCUGUUCGCUGGUAUGUAAUAUUUUAUGGCUAUUUUCUUUCAGUAUUUUGAUUGUUAUUAUGAAUAUUAUUGCAUUUUGUAUUGCAUAUUUAUUAAUGAUGAAUAAACAAUAAAGUUUUAAAAUU